AUGGGAGGGAAAAAGAAGGGUUUAUCAUUUGAGGACAAGAGAUCUAAGCUACUAGAAGUCUACUAUGAAAAGAAAGAAGUUCUGAACUUAAAAGAAUUGGAAAAGUGGGGACCUAAAAAAGGAAUUGUUCUCUAAACUGUUAAGGAUGUGAAUUAAAGUUUGAUUGACGACAACAUGGUGUAAACUGAUAAAAUAGGAGCUGGUGCAUUUUUCUGGGCACUUCCGUCUUAAGGAUUUUAAGUCAGGAAAAAUCUUAUUCAAGACUAUGAUACUAAAAUUGAAAAAGCUAAAUAAGAUAUCCUAGAUACUAAAGCUAACAUAGAGAGAACUUUAGCUGAUAGAGAUAACAAAGACGGUACUAGAGAAAAUUUACUUGAAGAAUUAGGAACUCUAUAAAAGGAAAAGGCUAAGUUAGAUUGUGAAUAUAAAAAUUAUGAGAGAAGCGACCCAAAGAUAAUUUUAAAAAUGGAGGAUGAUACUAAAAUUGCAUAGUCAGCUGUGAAUAGGUGGACUGAUAAUCUUUACCAGAUUCUAUAAUGGAUUUAAUAGUCUAAGCCUAACUUCACUUAGAAAGAUUUGGAAAGUAAUUUCCCAAUUUAUAAAAACCUUGAUUAUAUGGAGUGA